UCGACUCCACUCGAGGUCGAGGCGGCGCGGCGGAAGACAUCAACCAACCAACGUUGGCUCAGCGGGGCAGCCGUUGAAGCCAUCACUUGCGACUUUUCUUUUCCACUCGUCGUAGUCUCGACCAAAAGAGCUCCUCUCAGCGCCGACGACGUUGCCAUGUCGUCCUCUCCUCCCCCCUCAUCAUCCUCUCGCUCCCUCGCAACGACGUCGUCUUCAUCAGCAUCGCCCUAUUUGAUCCAUUCUGGACUUCAGACGCCUCAAGUGACGACGACCCACUCGCACGCACAGAGCUACUUCGAGCACAGCGCCGUAGGUAACAGCUCCUCGAACGCCAUCACUAGCGCUCGCCGUGGCAGCAGAGACUCGGAUGCAACCACUCAGGGCAUCUCCCCGUCAAGAUCACGACGACGGCGCCCUCGUCAACGUAAGGCUCCCUCUCACCGCGGACCUCGAGGCGCAGCUGAGCCAGAAUCGGGAGAGUCGGACCAUGAAGGGGAUGAUGACGACCGAGUCACACAGCAAAAGGAGGCGCAAUACCAUCAGCCGCCCCCUCUUCAUCGCGCAGCAUCCUCGAGCAGCUCAACCAGCAAUGGAACCUCAGCCACGAGCGCGAGUACCAGCAGCCAAGGCGACUACGAUGCCGACGAUGGUGAUGACGAGGACAAGGUGCGCUCCCUUACCCGCCAGCUCGCAGAGACGGCCGUCGGCGUGCGCGAGAUGUCCAAACAGCUAGGACGGGCCCGCGUCAAGUCGACGAUCAACUCGGUCCUCAUCAUCACGAAAGCGCGGGACAACAAUCUCAUCAAGCUAACCCGCGAGUUGGCAUUGUGGCUUAUGCUGACUCCACGCAAUGGCAGCGAUCGCGGCGUCAUCGUCUAUGUGGACUCACAGCUGCGUAACAGCAAGCGCUUCGAUGCCGAGGGAAUGCAGCGCUGUCAUCCCGAAUUGUUCGCCAGCUCCAACAAUAGUACCAGCCCGUCCCGCUCCUCGCCGGAUGCCCCAGCAGCCUCGACCUCCUCUUCAUCAACACAGAGCGGUCGUCUUCGCUACUGGACAGCGGACAUGUGCUCGCGCUCCCCUCACCUCUUUGAUUUUGUCGUCACUCUUGGAGGAGAUGGGACCGUCCUCUUCUGCUCGUGGCUGUUCCAACGCAUCGUACCUCCCGUGAUGCCAUUUGCGCUGGGAUCGCUGGGCUUUUUGACCAACUUUGACUUCUCGGACUAUCAAUCAGUCAUGAAGUCUGCUUUGGAGCAAGGGAUUCGCGUCAACUUGCGAAUGCGGUUCACGGCGACGGUGUACCGAGCCACCCUCCCCUCGGAAAAUACAAGGAGGGAUAGGCAGAGGCGUCGCGCAAUCAAGAGUGGGAGGACGGGAGAGAUUAUCAUGCGGAAUGUUCGCGAGGGCGGAUGGGAGCGCAUCGAGCGACCAGGUGGAAUGGCCUGUGGCCCUCAAGAAGACGAAGACAGCGGGGGCCCAUCGACGGCACCGCCCAAGAAGGAUCGCGAGGUCAUGUGCUUCUCGACACGACCCGUUGAGACGUUUGAAGUCCUGAAUGAUCUCGUCGUCGAUCGCGGGCCCUCACCUUACGUCUCUUUGCUGGAAGUAUUCGGCGACGAGCAUCACAUGACUACAGCGCAAGCCGACGGGCUGUGCAUCUCCACUCCCACAGGCUCCACCGCCUACUCUCUCUCGGCAGGCGGCUCGUUGGUCCACCCCGAAAUCCCGGCGAUCUUGAUCACGCCUAUUUGCCCUCACACCCUCUCCUUCCGUCCUAUGCUUCUUCCAGACUCGAUGGAGUUGAGGAUCGCCGUGCCGUACAACUCGCGCUCCACCGCCUGGGCAUCCUUUGAUGGGCGUGGAAGGGUCGAAUUAAGGCAAGGAGACCACAUCAAGGUCACUGCGUCACGCUACCCAUUCCCGACCAUCUGCAACCAAACACAAAGCACCGACUGGUUUGAGAGCAUCUCGCGCACACUGAAGUGGAACGAAAGGCAGAGGCAGAAGAGCUUCGUUGUCCUGGAGGAGGACCGGGAGCAGCCUGCCGCCAACACUGUGAGCUCGGAUGCCGCCCCUGUGGCCUCAUCGAAGAAGGGCCGCUCCUCCUCGUCACCAAGCGCCAAAGCCAAGCAAGAGUCAGGUCAAGACAAGAGUCGUGCCGGCGAGACGGAGGCGCUACGAGAGUGGCGACGCAGAGAGGAGGGACGAAUCAACAAGAUUGCAGAUCACGACGGGGACAAGCCUGAGAUGAUAGACAUAGGCAAAGACGAGGAGGCUGCUCAGCAUAUGUCGCCUACCGAGCGGAGUGAGCGCAGAGCGGUGCAGGCUAGCGCGGAACGUACUGAGGGCGGCAGAGGGGUGUUGAUGGAUCACCUGAGUGGACCGGCGAAGGCGGACGCGAUUAACGCCGCAGAUGGGCGUAGUGGCGACGAUGAUGACGAUGAUGACGAAGACAGUGACGAGGAGCCGGAGGAUGAGGCUUUCGAUAUCGACGAUACGAGCACAGCCGCUACUCGGGCGCCUUCGCCUCAACAGCAGGCAGGUGGCUCCUCUUCGUCGGUGGGACAGAGCAUGGAUGCUGCAGCGCUGCCUUCCGCUCUUGCGAUGACUCGUCGCUUCUCCUCCGGGCAAGCGAAGAGCGGUGCUUCCACUCCCAACGCUGGCUCCAACAGUGCCUCCAACAAUUCCGGACAUCACCAUCAUCACCACUCUCACCACCACCAUCGUGCGCAUAGCCACAGCCAUCAUCACAAUCACGGCCACUCGGCUCCGGUAUCACAUCGUCCCUCUUUCGACCACCUUUCUAUGCUCGCACCUUUCACCGCGAGAGACGGGUCGAGAAUCGAGUUCGACGAUGACUCGCCGGCACAUUCCCGACGCGAGUCGAGCAACGGUGGCAGCGCUGCUGUUGCCAAUACUGGCGAAUCCGCCUCAACGGCGGCGCAAGGGGUGCACAGUCGUUCUGCUCGGUCCCAGCAGCAGCCGCAGCAGCCUCAACAAUCGUCCUCGUCCCUACUCAAUUCCCCAGACAGGUUCAGCGCCGCAGGACCUCCUGCCCCGCCGUGCGCCCUCUCGGGUCGCCAUAUGGCCAACGCAGAUUUCAGAUUAGACGAUGCUGCUCCAGCUAGCAAAGCGAAGUCGAAAGAGAAGGCAAGAAGCAGCGGGACCGGCGAGGCGGGAGGAGGGAGCGUGGGCGAGGGCGGAAGUGUGACAACACCCACCCCAACGACCCCUUCGGAGAUGUCCGGCGCUUUACAGCGGGCAGAGGCUGCAGUCAAGGGUGCGGUGAAAGUAUUGGAUAGGCCCAUCGAGCCGAGUGGUAGCGGAGGCGUUCCUGCAGCUUCACUAUCCUCUACGCCUCAGGACAGGAUGCAAGCUGGCUCGCCGACUCAGGAGCUGGCAGACGCACGAGCCCGCAUCGCUGAGCUGGAGGAGGAAGCCAGGAUGCUUCGUGGCGAGGCUACUGGCGGUGCGGAGGGGCGGCGAGCUGGCGGAAGGGCGAAGAGUGGGAGCUCAUCACAGCGUCGGGGCAGAGGGGAGAAACGUCGCUCCGGCAAUGAGGCCACUAGCAAGAGCACGGAGGGUCAGCAGGGCGGAGAGGCUGCAAGCGGUAGUGGAGGAGGCGGGACGGCACUCGUCGUGUACGGCGAGGAUAGCAGUAGUGAUAGCGGGAGCGAUACAUCUAAUGGAGAAUGAGGGCCGUUGAUGUAGAGGACUCAUAGGCAGGCAGCACGCUGGCCCAGCAUCAUAGGCGUACUUUAAUCGUCAACGACAUUUUCACUGUAUCGUAGCGUGAUAUUCAUCUCCUCUUUCGC